UACGUUUUGAAAACAUCACAAAUGGAGGUCAUGCCAGACAUCGGGUGGGAGCAGGAUGCUGUGCUUCUCGGAGCGGAUGAUGUCAGCGACUUCAACGAAGAUAAUGUCCUACCUCAAAGCCCUGAAAACAUCGCCAAGAUCCGGACAUGGCUUCAGCCAACCUCCUACGACGACAGCGACAGCGAAUAUAAGAAGCAUCUCUCAUCACAUCUAGCGGGAACGGGCGCAUGGCUGUUGUCAUCGCUGACAUAUGAGGAGUGGCAUUCAAGCCAGGAUAUGAGCAUAUUGUGGAUUCGAGGGGUUCCUGGUUCAGGAAAAUCAGUCAUGGCCGCCACUCUGGCAGACUGGCUGAGUCAGGAGAAGGUUCCGGUCCUUUACUUCUUCUUUCGGCAAAUCAUCGACGCCAACCAUACGCCUCUGUCGGCGGUUCGGGAUUGGCUAUGCCAGAUUCUGGCAUACAGUCCUCCGUUACAAGCCGCCUUGCUUGAAUACGUGAAGACUUCCCGGUCUCUUGAGAGCGUAUCGACUGCAGACUUCUGGGGCCUUCUGCGCAUGUCAAUGUUAUACCUUCCGAGGGUGUACUGUGUGGUUGAUGCCCUGGACGAGCUGAAUCAAGGCCCGGAGAUGAUCUCUUUCCUGCACUCGUUGGCCGAUCUGGGAGCAUGGAGACCGUCCAAAGUCAAGCUCAUUCUCACAAGCCGACCGGUUCAUAGCGUCGAGAUCCAUUUAAGGCAAGUCAAGUUGCUGCAUAUUCGGCUCGAUGAGGCCAAGGUAGACAUCGAUAUUGCCACGUACGUUCAGCGUCAAUUAGACGAGUCUUCCAUACCAAGCGAACAUCAUGCAGCAAUCAAAGAGGCCAUUCCAGGUAGGGCUAAUGGGUUGUUCCUUUACGCACGGCUCGCCAUGGACGAGUUUCUGGAGCCUGGUGCGAAUCCGGAAGAGGUCCUGUCGAACUUGCCUGCCGAUCUCAACGUCAUGUAUACCGAUCUCCUGAGAGAACAUUGCAAACGAGCUAAUGUGCCUCACGACGUCCAGCUCUUGAUACUGCAAUGGGUCACACAUGCCACGCGUCCACUGCGUCUCCUUGAGCUCGCAGGUUCCAUCAACAUCACGCAUUUUCCAGAAGGGCAGCGAAACCUGAAGGCUGCAAAGGACCUCGCACGUUCCGCAUGUGGGCCUUUGGUGGAGAUUCUACCAGACGAAACGCUUUCGGUGGUACACCACUCACUAACGGAAUUCUUGAAUGGCUCAACUCGAACGGCGAAAGUUGAAGACUUUCCGAUCCUCGAAUAUGGACCGACGCAUAACCAUUUAGCUAUUGUCUGUCUUGCCCAUCUCCAGUCCGGCAGUAUCGAUGACGUCGUGUUCUCCAGUUAUCCGUAUGAUGACAGAGGCCAGCUAGAGAGACACUACAUUCUGCCACCCUUUGCGAAGUAUGCUACGAUGAACUGGUUCGUGCAUGCCAGGAAAGCCGCCUUAGCCGGAGUGGACCAGGCCGAGGUCAAUGAGAUUCUCGACGACCUUUGGCGUGGAGAGAGAUUCCAAACUUGGUCGGCACUUGCGCGUGUCGGCUGUCGCAACGUGACGCCACUCUUCGCGGCCGUCUCCCUCGGGCUGGCCCUGUACACCGAAACGCUUCUGCUGCGGCCCGGUACAAAUCCAAACAGGGGAAAAAUGAAGGAGCCCCCGCUGUACUGCGCAGCAGAAAAGGGAUACGACGAUAUUAUAGAGCUGCUGCUACACCAUGGUGCAGACUUUAACGAGGGAAAUAAAGAUGGUUACCGCGCCCUUCACGCCGCAGCACAAAACAACCAGGCUGGGGCGGUCACCAUGCUUCUCAGAGCUGGUGCAGAUCCGUUCUGCCCGCCAGGAAAGGCAGACGGCUUCUACGACUACGGCCUGGAACCAAACGGAACUCCAAUUACCAAGGCGUGCCGAAAUGGGCAUUUCGAGGCAAUGGCCGCGAUCCUCCCGUUUAUCCAUACCUCCGACCAGGUUCAUGAAGCGCUCGAAGAAGCGGUGAAUUGGAAACGUGCGGCGAUUGUUGAACUUCUGUUAAAGCAUCCUGAGGUGAAGGUGGACGCCAUUCGGAAGAAUCACAGAUUGCUGUACACAGCAUGUGCCUGCCGGAAUCCGAAGAUCAUCAAGCUUCUUCUUCAUGCAGGUGCUAACCCAAACAUUGUUUACCACGACUCCAGACGUCGCGAGGUCAGUGACAUAUUGAAUGAGUCGGAUUUCGAGCCGACCAUAAGCACCAAACCUUCAACCGAGCGUGGAUAUACCGCUCUGUUUGCGCUGGCGAGUGGAGGGGAUUCAUUGCUGACUGUAGCUCAUGCAUCUAGAUUCAAGCUUCUGCUCCAUGCGGGCGCGAACGUCAACCAGGUUGAUAGCAAAGGGAAUACAGCACUUGCAUACACAUACGAUGUCCUCGCUAUGCGAUGCCUACUAGAUGCUGGCACUGAUCCCACUGUCGCCAACGACGCUAGCGAGACGCUAUUGCAUGGUCACACUAAGAUGGACAUUCUCAGACUUGUGUUGGAGGAGACCAAUCUUGACGUCAAUAUCCGAACCAACGAAGAAGGCUACACCCCAUUGCUCAAGACGCUCAGCCACACUUACGCGGAAAGCACUGCUGCAGAGAAAGCGCUCCUCUUACUGGAAUUUGGUGCAGACGCUUCAGCAGUGGACAACAAGGGUAAUAGUGCGUUUCACCUUGCAUCCGCCACAAGGUUCCCCAGCGAAGGGGACGCAGGCGGGCGUCUAAUCAAAGCGCUUCGAGCAUCAGGUGGCAACGGAAACUUCGCAAAUGCCGCAGGGGACACUCCAUUGCAUACCAUGGAAUAUCAGGGGUUUCAAGACGAUAUAUUCAGUGCUCUAAUCGACGCUGGUUUGGACACAGAGGCAAGAGACAGAGAGGGGCGUACCCCACUGUUCAAAGCAGUCACGGUAUUGCAAAAUGAUCACAAUUGCAAGAAGGUGUUUGAUAAGAUGGUCAAGUCCGGGUGCAGGUUCGACAUUCUUGACAAGCGGGGCAGAAACUUGUUAUUUCUAGUAACCGCCGACGAUCGAUACAAAUUGUUUCAGCAUUUGAUCGAGCUUGGGCUGAGCCCAACACACACCGAUUACGAUGGGAACACCUUAUGGCAUGUCACCGUUUGCUGUGAAUAUCAUUUCCAUCUGCGAGUUGAUAUGGCUGAUCUAGGGGUCGACCCGGAACAGCCGAAUCUUCGCGGCCGGACCCCGCUGCAUAUCAUCUGCAGCCGGUCCCAGGUCCCUGCCAUCUUUGACAAAUUUCUUCCGCUAGUACACAACUGGAACGCCGCUGAUGAGGAUGGAGUGACUGCAUUGCAUAUUACGAGUACCUUCUGCGCGUACAAAACGAAGAAGCUACUGCGAGCAGGUGCCGAUUGGAUGCAAACUACUCGGGACGGAUCCACAGUGUUUCACAUCGCUGCGAAAUCACGUCAAGCCAACAUUCUUGGUGUUCUUCUAAAGUUUAUUGAUCGCAACGGAGACAAAACCGACAUACCUACCCUCAUGAACAAGAAAGAUAUCCUCGGCAGAACUCCUUUGUGGUACGCCUGUGCAUCUGGGCGGAUUGAAACGGUUAAAAUGCUUAUCGAUGCCGGGGCUACGGUGAAGAGUGAUUCUUAUGACGGCUCCUCAUGGCAAGGCUGCGUAGAAUUCGAGGGAGAACAGGCGAUCUGGGCUAUUAGGGCUCGCACUCAGGAUCGGGACUAUUCGCAAUCCCACGCAGGCAGCACGUUGAUCUCCGACAAGACACGGCCUAAGAUUGAACGGGCCAAGGGACGCCUCCGCCCUCCUUUUGACCCUGCCCUCAAGCACCGCAUUGACGAGAUCGUGGACAUACUUGCGACACAUGAGUCUGACGCCCGAAGGCAUCUCCCAUACGCCAUCUCUUCGGCCGCCGACAAUGGUUGUGCCUACACGAUAGACUGCUUGCUACAUGCAAGCAAGUCGCUUUUGGCCGUAAUGGACUCAGAUCCGUUUCAUUUCUCAAUGCGAGUCAAAAGCCUAUCCUUAGAUUCAAACGUGUUGAGCUGUCUCGAGAAACGACAGGCCGCCCGAGAAGAGGUUUUCCGUAGCUCGAACAACGCCCAGGACACGCGGGCAAUAUUCGAAAGGCUUCUUGGCCUACGAGAGUACCAGAUUGCUGCACAGACUCUUCUCGAGUCUGACUGCCUCAAGCCCGACCGGUACGGAAGAACGAUUCUACACGGUCUUGUCCAGGACGGAUAUGCGUCGAUACUAGCCCAAGUCUGCAACCUUGACAUGGCGAACAAACUAGAGGAUUUCGAAUGGUGCGACCAACAGGAGACCGCAUCCAAAGCAAUAAAGGGCAGCAUACAGCCGCUUCUCCUCGACGCCGUUCAAUCUGAGCUCCCCAACAUGGAUGUGCUUCGGGUACUAGUGGAGAAUAUCGGCGUCAACGUGAAUACCCAGACCAGCUACCGAAAGUACAUGAGCAGGCCGCCUCCGUUAGAUUACGAGACUUUUAGAGAUAAGGGCGUUUUACAUCUCAUCUUUUCGCCGUCCAUGACGUGGUGGCAGGUGUCCCAGGCACUCCCAUACCUUGUGGAGAAAGGUGCGGAUCUCAACCUCCGAGAUCGAUCGGGCAAGACGCCUCUCCACGCUGCCUUGGAGAUGACUCCAAAUCCUGAUUACGACAUCGAAACCAUCAAGCUACUCGUCAGGCUCGGGGCUGAUGUCAAUGCCAUCGACAACGAGGGACUGAGCUGCCUCGGUCAAUCCCUCGACCAUAUUCCGACGGCCGAGUUUCUGAUUCAGAAAGGCGCUCGCAUCAGAUAUGCCGAUCUUCUAAGAGCGAUUGAGAAGUCGAACUGCAUGGCUCUCGAACUCCUCCUGCAGGCAGGAGGGAAUCCCAACGAAAGAGACUUUGAAGACGGGGGGUGGAACAAACCGGAGAAUCCGCAAUACAAGCCCUGCCGGAAAGAUGGGGCCUUUUAUCUGCUGGAUUAUGCAGCAUGUGAUCGUACACGUGGUGCGACAAUUGACAAAAAGAGCCGAGAGAAGAUAGUUGACCUACUCGUCCGCUACGGUGCCGAUAUUAAUGCUCGAUAUGAAGACACUACUCUGAUGCAUCGACUGAUUCGAUCCAGCAAUGUUGUUCGACCGUUGCUCAAGCACCCUUCUUUGGAUGCCAACCUAGUGGAUCUAGAGGGACGAACCAUUCUACACACAGCAUGCGGUGUAGAGAGAAGGAGGGAGAAUUCGGCAGAAAACGACCCUUCAUACGUAGAGAUUCUACUCGAACGAGGCGCCGAUGUUACUACAAGGGAUUCGAAGGGGAUGAAUACACUACAUUACCUUUUCCAUGGCAUUGGCCGGAGAAUCGCCAUCCCGGACCCACGGGCGGUUUCCGCGGUUCUCAAAGGGGCGCCGGAGCUCAUCAACCAGGUCGACGAUGAAGGAAACACCCCUCUACAUAAGGCAUGCGAGGCCUCGAUCGACCACGUUGGCGAGCUUCUCUCCAUGGGUGCAGAUCCUUUGGCCGUGAACGCAAAAGGCGCGACGCCGCUUCACUAUCUCUUAUGCGAAAAGUGGAACGCAGCCCUUGGUGUGAAGAUCGAAGGCCCGCUCUACGAAUUGUUCCUUCGCUUCCUUACUAUGGGCGCCAACAUCAAUGCGCGCGAUCAUCAUGGCGAAACCCCCAUAUUCCACUAUUGCCGCAGGGCCUUCGGCGUGAACUUUACGCCGAAGUCGGAGGUUCCUAAGGGACUGUACUACUAUAGUCCGAUCUGGGAGAUGCCCCUGUUCGAAUUUUUCGAUCAGGCGGGUGUGGAUUGGAAGGUUUUGAAUAAUGAUGGGGAGACGUUGAUGCAUAUCGUAGCUGCGGGACGUGGCUGUAGUGUUAUAGGGACUAGCGUCCAGAGGUUCAAGUUUUUGGUGGACAAGGGUUUGAAUGUUAUGGCGGAGGACAAGAGGCAGCAAACACCACUGGAUCUUGCGGCUGCUUCGAAUGAGGAAGGGAUUCUCGCUCUUUUCUCACAGGGCGAACGGUCGCUUUAA